AUGUCUGAAACAUUAAAUAGUAAACCAGAUCUACAUAAGAUUAGAAAACCAUUGAAUAAACUAACCAAUAAUAAAUCAGAAUUUAAACUCCGUCAAAAUUCAUUAAAAUCAAAUAAACAAAAUUUUAAAGAUAUAACAACUCCAACUCCAAUACGAAAUGGUAUAAGAAAAUCUUAUGUUUCACCAACUAGAAAUACAAAUUCACAAUUGAAAUUUAAAGAUUUUGAAUUGGGUAAAAUACUAGGUAAAGGUAAAUUAGGAAAAGUUUAUUUAGCAAAACAUUUAGCAUCUGGAUAUCCAGUUGCAUUAAAAGUAAUGUCCAAACAUGACUUAAUAGAACAUAAAUUGGAGAACAACUUUAAAAGAGAAAUUGAAAUUCAAUCAAAUUUAUAUCAUCCAAAUAUAACAAGAUUAUUUACAUGGUUUUUCGAUGAUGUUAAUGUUUAUUUAGUACUUGAAUAUUCAAUAUAUGGAGAAAUUUAUCACAACUUAAAAAUACUAAAGAGGUUCGAUAAUUCAAUUGCAAGUUAUUAUAUAUAUCAAGUUACAAAGGCAUUAAUUUAUCUACAUCUGAAAAAUAUAAUUCAUCGUGAUUUGAAACCAGAAAAUAUAAUGUUAACAUUAAAUAAUAAUGUCAAAUUGAGUGAUUUUGGUUGGUCAGUACAAAUGAAAAAUGAUCGAAGGUUGACUGUUUGUGGUACUGUUGAUUAUUUACCUCCAGAAAUGAUUGAAACUAAAGAACAUGAUUUUAAUGUUGAUAAAUGGUCAUUAGGUGUAUUAUGUUAUGAAUUUUUAGUUGGUAAACCUCCAUUUGAAGAACCAGAUACAAAUGCAACUUAUAAAAGGAUAUAUAAUGUGGAUAUAAACUAUCCUUCAUAUUUGGAUCCAGAUGCAGUUGAUUUAAUUGAUAAAUUAUUAAUUAAAGUACCUGAAAAUAGAUUAGAUUUGAAAGAAGUGCUACAGCAUAAGUGGAUAGUAAAGAAUAAAGUGAAUUGGCCUAAAUAUACAUCUACUUAG